AUGAUCUCACCACAGUCUGCACCUGCUAAUUUGGAAGGCAAAACUGAUGUCAGCCGAGAGAACAGUACAGUGGACUUUAGCAAGGUGGAUAUGCAUUUUAUGAAAAAGAUUCCUGCGGGUGCAGAGGCUUCAAAUAUUUUAGUUGGCGAACUUGAAUUUUUGGAUCGAUCAAUAGUAGCAUUUGUCCGUUUGUCUCCUGCUGUUGUUCUCUCAGGAGUUGCUGAAGUUCCUAUUCCAACACGAUUUUUGUUUAUUCUCUUGGGGCCUCUUGGUAAAGGUCCACAAUAUCAUGAAAUUGGCAGGUCGAUUGCAACCCUGAUGACUGAUGAGGUAUUUCAUGAUGUUGCAUAUAAAGCAAAAGAUCGUAAUGACUUAGUUGCUGGUGUGGAUGAAUUUCUUGAUCAAGUGACUGUUUUGCCCCCGGGGGAGUGGGACCCAUCAAUCCGAAUAGAACCACCAAAAAGUGUACCUUCCCAGGAGAAAAGAAAAAUUCCAGGGAUUCCAAAUGGAACCACAGCUCAUGGGGAUUCUGACCCAUUUGAAAUGCACAGUGGACCUGAGCUACAGAGAACAGGAAGGAUAUUUGGUGGAUUAUGUGAAGACAUCAAAAGAAAAAUUCCAUAUUUCUGGAGUGAUUUUAGAGAUGCAAUCAACUUACAAUGUGUAGCAUCCUUCCUGUUCCUGUACUGUGCCUGUAUGUCUCCUGUUAUCACAUUCGGUGGUUUACUGGGAGAAGCUACAGAAGGUUGCAUAAGUGCAAUUGAGUCUCUGUUUGGAGCAUCUAUGACAGGCAUAGCAUAUUCACUGUUUGCAGGGCAACCACUAACGAUCCUAGGAAGCACAGGACCAGUCUUGGUGUUUGAAAAGAUCCUGUUUAAAUUUUGCAAAGAUUAUGGCUUAUCCUACCUUUCUCUGAGAACCUGUAUUGGACUUUGGACAGCUUUUCUUUGCUUAGUUCUUGUUGCUACAGAUGCAAGUUCAUUGGUCUGUUACAUCACCCGCUUCACAGAGGAAGCAUUUGCUUCCCUCAUUUGCAUAAUAUUCAUCUAUGAGGCAUUAGAAAAGCUGUAUCACCUUGGAGAGACAUACCCUAUCAAUAUGUAUAAUCAUUUGGAACAGUUGACCCACUAUUCAUGCAUUUGUGUAGAACCACAAAACUUGAACAAUAAAACUUUGCAGUACUGGAAUAGCCUCAAUAUCACAGCAGCAGAAAUUCCAUGGGGAAAUAUGACACUGUCUGAAUGCAUAAAAUUUCAUGGAAGGUUUCUUGGCACAGCUUGUGGACACCAUGGUCCAUAUGUUCCAGAUGUCUUAUUCUGGUCAAUUAUACUGUUCUUUUCCACAUGUACGUUAUCACAUUUCCUGAAGCAAUUUAAGACAAGCCGGUACUUUCCUACCAAGGUACGAUCAACUGUUAGUGAUUUCGCUGUCUUUCUCAGUAUUGUAACUAUGGUUUUAAUUGACUAUGGUCUUGGGAUACCAUCACCAAAGCUCCAAGUCCCCAGUGUUUUCAAGCCAACCAGAGAUGACCGUGGUUGGUUGAUUAAUCCUUUGGGUCCAAACCCAUGGUGGACUAUACUUGCAGCUUUUAUUCCAGCCCUCCUUUGUACUAUACUAAUUUUCAUGGACCAACAGAUCACUGCUGUUAUUGUCAACAGGAAGGAACACAAAUUGAAGAAAGGAUGUGGUUACCAUUUGGAUUUGAUAAUUGUGUCCGUCAUGCUUGGAGUUUGCUCUGUUUUGGGAUUGCCCUGGUUUGUGGCUGCUACUGUGCUCUCCAUAUCACAUGUCAACAGCCUGAAAUUGGAGUCUGAAUGUUCGGCACCUGGUGAACAGCCAAAAUUCUUAGGUAUCCGCGAGCAACGAGUUACUGGCCUUAUGAUAUUUGUCCUUAUGGGGUUAUCUGUCUUCAUGACCUCUGUUCUACAGUUCAUUCCAAUGCCGGUACUGUAUGGAGUGUUCCUGUAUAUGGGUGCAUCUUCACUAAGAGGAAUUCAGUUAUUUGAUCGUUUGAAACUCUUUGGAAUGCCCACAAAACACCAACCAGACUUCAUCUACCUACGACAUGUGCCUCUUAGGAAAGUUCACCUCUUCACUGUGAUUCAGGCUUCUUGUUUGAUUAUUCUUUGGAUAAUAAAAGCUUCUCGGGCCGCCAUUGUCUUUCCUAUGAUGGUUUUAGCACUCGUGUUUAUCCGAAAACUGAUGGAUUUCAUCUUCACCAAGCGAGAGCUGAGCUGGCUAGAUGAUGUGAUGCCUGAGAGUAAAAAGAAAAAAUUAGAAGAUGAAGAAAAAGAAGAAGAGCAAAUAAUGUUGACAAUAGAAGAAGAAGGAACAAUUCAGUUACCUUUGGAUGGAGAUUACAGGGACGAUCCUUCUGUUAUCAACAUUUCUGAUGAAAUGGCCAAAACUGCUGUCUGGAAAGCACUCCCAAUGAAUACUGGAAAUGCAAAAAAUAAAGACACUUUGUUUGCAUCAAAAAGUUCAUAUGCUAAUCUUGAACGAAGGAAAGAGAAGAAUGUCGACUCAGGGAAGGGUAUCGACAGGGAAACAUGUCUUUGA